AUUGCUAUGUUUGGUGUACAGAUAGCCAGGUGUUGGGAAGCAGCAGACAUCUCUUUACUUAGCAGAUUGCUCUGAGAGGGAGAAAUGGCAACAGCAGGAAUACAGAUACCCGGCAGCACAGAGGUGCCAGACAUUCCCUAUGGAUUUGGGGUUUUUAGAACAUUACCAUAUGCAUUUAUACUUCCAGAACUGAUUUUUGGUUCAUGGGUUUGGAUCCUGGUUGCUGCUACUAAAGUAUUUUAUCCAAUUACUCAAGGAUGGGUCAUGUAUGUUUCAGUAUCCUCAUUCUUCUUUUCAUUGUUACUCCUGAUGGUCUACGUGUUUGGUUUCCACAGAAACCACUGCGGCACCUGGAGACUAGUGGAUGUGAUUUACCAUGGGAUUACAGCAAUUUUUUACCUCAGUGCUGCUGUUUUGCAAGCCAACGCAACAAUAUACUGUGAUUAUUCUAUACCACCCAAUUCUUCAUAUACACCCCACUGCAGCGUAACAUACUACCAUUUGGAUGCUGCAGCCACAUUCUUUGCUUUCUUGACAUCGUUGAUAUAUAUACUGCACAGCUUCCAGUCCUACGUUCACUGAGGGUCUCCCAGGAGGCAGAGCAGUCUGUGAAUGUACAGAUCAGAUGAGACAAGAAGAAGUUCUCUGAUGUGACACACUUGAAACGUCCCCAUCAACCUUAGUCUUUAUGUAAUGAUCCUCAACAACACUGAUGACCAUUUACAUGUCCAAGAUCCCAAAACUUUUUUGUUUGUAAUUUUACAUUUGAAUUCUGUUAAUAUUACAGGGGCAUAAGCAAUGCUUGGUAGUAACAGAAAUAAGUACUAGGAUUCUUUUGUUUUGCAAGGCAAAGUAAAUAUCUCCUAAGACGUUAGCUUGGCUGAUUCAUGUUACAAGCCAGGCUAUGACAGAUCCAUUGCAAUGCCACUAUACAUUUAUGACAAUAAGGUUACAUGAAAAGUAUUAUUAUAAAUAUGGCUUUAGUUAGGUUAAGCACUUUUCACUGUAUUAUUCGCUGUUUGAUAUAGUUAUAUUUAUUUUUUCAUACUUAAAUACUUUCUUAUUCCUUCCAUGGUUUAUGUAAUAAAAAAAAACCUUCAACUUGGCGCUUGCAACUUGUUAUCACAUUGUACAGUAUCCAUAAAGGAGACAGAUUAAUUAUAUUGUGUGUAAUGAUUUAUAAUAGUACAAUGCACACCCAAAAUACACAGGUUGUGAGGAAUCACUGUUGAAAAUCACAAACAACCAGGGAGCACGGCAAUAAGUACGUAUAGGAGUAAGAAACUGAACGUUGAUCACACCUAUUAUUUGCCUGGUUUGUGGGUUAAGAAAAUGCAUUUAAAGGGAUUUUAACCCUAUAUAUUUUUAUUUUCCCUUUGUAUUUCUCUCGUGUACAUAUUAAUAAAUUAAUGUAUUAAAUAUUUUGUUAUUUUACAGUAGCUAGACUAAAUGAAAUUGCUAGAGAUGCGGUUGUACCUCUUCCCCAUAAUCCUUUGUCUCCUUUCAAAACUGUGAUCCCAAGCUCAGAAAAUUGAGUGCGGUUUAAUGUCAAGGGAUAUGCGUAAAGUUAUUUGAGACAGGGCCAGGAUCAUUAUGGGCCGAAUAUAUGAAAGACAGCUGGCAAAGAGAUAGCAGACAGAGGAGCAUAUGUAUCAAAGCUUGGGGAGAGAGAUAAAGUACUAACAAAUCAACUGAUGUCAUUUUUCAAACACUGGCCUGUAAACUAACAGUUAGGAGUUUAUUGGUUGGUACUUUAUCAGUCUCCAAGCUUUGAUACAUAUUCCAAAGAGAGAUUGUUUACAGCAUUGAAAAAGGGAUAACAAUACUGUCCCACCAGCAGGCCAUAGUGUCCCGCAGAGGGGAAAAGUCGGGGGGAAGCACUAUCAUCUCUGCUCCACGCAGUGCAGCGUGUAAAUAGAUGCUGUGCAAUGUGCAUGGCAUCUAUACACAGUGCAGGGGCAGAGCCUGGGAGAAGUCCAGCAUUUAAGAGAAUGCUGGACAUGCCCACACACUGAGGCAAACUGGGAUUUGUUGUAAGGCUCCGCCCCCUUCCAAUAAGGCCCCACUCCUUUGGCAUGCCUGGAGUCACGUUUUCUCCACAGACAAUGGGGGUAAUUCAGACCUGAUUGCUGCUGUGCGUUUUUGCACAGCGAGUAAUCAGGUCCAAACUGCGCAUGCGUAUGCACCACAAUGCACAAGUGCGUCGUAUGGGUAAAAAGUGGAUCGCCGCUCAGCGAUGGGUUUGUGCAAUGGAUCCGUUUGCACGGGCGAUCGCAAGGAGAUUGAUAGGAAGAAGGUGUUUGUGGGUGUCAACUGACCGUUUUCAGGGACUGUCUGGAAAAAUGCAGGCGUGUCCAAGCGUUUCCAGUGAGGGUUCCUGAUGUCAAUUCUGGUCCCGGACAGGCAGAUGUGAUUGCAGCGGCUGAGUAAGUCCUGGGCUGCGCAGAAACUGCACAAAAUCUGUUUGUACAGUUCUGCUACACAUGCGUUCGCACACUUGCACAGGUAAAAUACCCUCCCCCUGUAGGCGGUGACUAUCUGAUCACAGCUGUGCAAAAAUCGCUUGUUAGCGAUCAGAGUUGAAUUAGGCUCAAUGUUGGGACAAUGUAUGCACUUAACAUAUACAGAAAUCUCUUGUACAGAACAUAAAUUUUAUUCUGUUUUUCAUAAAAUCAAAUACAUUUAAUGUAAUAUCUUAUUCUUUACACAACUGUAUAUUAGAUUUAUGAGUCAUUAUAAUAUUAUUCAUCAUAUUUCGCUACCUAUAAAAAGGAGUUCUAAAUAUGAGAAAUAACGACCUUAAUCAUGUGUGCUUCAGAGGCAUAUAUUGAUGUCUGCAAAGUGAUCUUCCAUCAGAUAGCUGAAUGACAUAUGUGUCUUGAUGGUUUGCCUUUCAAUUUUAUCUCUUCUUUAUGUAAAUAAAGCAAUCUGAAUAUUCUGCCUGUA